GACUUCCAGUCUGAAUCCCAAUCUCGUCGUGUCGGUUAGGUUCAAGUUUGCAGCGAGUUGUUUCUUUUAUACGCUGGACAAAUACAGUCUGAUUCCGACACUUUUCAUAUUGAUUCAUCAAGAACGAUUGACUCUUCUUUAUAUAUAUAUUAGUACGUCAUUUAUCUGAAACAAUGGGCAAAAGGAAACGAUCUCAACAAGAAGCUGUACCAGAGUCGGAAGAAGAACAAGACACUCUUCCACGCUUACCGCUUUCGCGACCAUCUGAUCAAUACAAUAAAAACAAAGGCAAAUGGAUAAACCAGCAGCGUGUAUUGGUGUUGUGCUCACGUGGGAUGGGUGCAAGGGAGCGCCACCUCAUGGAAGAUCUCAAAAGCUUAAUGCCUCACACCAGGGCUGAAACAAAACAUGACACCAAGAGUGACCUCAAAGCAUUGAAUGAAGUUGCUGAAAUUCGCAACUGCAACAAAGUCCUUUAUUUUGAAAGCCGCAAGCACAUGGACUUGUUCAUGUGGGUGUCUGAUAUUGCAAGAGGACCUUCAGUGAAAUUCCACAUCAUUUGUAUGCAUACAAUGGACGAAUUGAAGCUAAGUGGCAACUGCUUGAAAGGUUCUCGGCCUUUACUGAAAUUCAGUCCAGAUUUUGAUGCGCCUCACUGGAUGCUCAUCAAAGAAUUGCUCGUGCAAACCUUCGGCACUCCACACCACCAUCCCAAGAGCCAGCCUUUCUUUGACCAUGUCUUUACAUUCACUCUUCUUGAUAAUAAAAUAUGGUUCAGAAAUUAUCAGAUUCUAGAAGAGGACGGAGAGCUGUCUGAAAUAGGUCCCCGGUUCGUCAUGAACCCUGUGAAGAUCCUGGACAACAGCUUCAGCGGCAUGACGCUAUGGGAGAAUCCCAAGUUCAAGACGCCGUCUAGUGUACGAUCCUUCAAUAAGAUGUUGAAGGCGGAUAAAGCUGUAACAACGAACAAACAGCGCGGCGCAAAAGCUGCUCGACAAGAUGAUAAUCCUUAUAAACGAUCGAAACUUCUAGAAACAAUUUAUGACUAAUGCGGGAUCCUUCAAUAAAUAAUUCUCUUCAUGUGUGUUGA